AUGAGUUUCGGAGUAGGCGUCGGGGACUUGCUUUCCAUUCUCACUUUGGCUCAUAAGCUCCGAAGAGAUUUUGUUGACGCUCCACGCCAGUUCAAUAGUAUAUCCAGAGAGUGCGUGGAUACAAACAUAGGCCAUGAACCAGGAACGGAUGUUUUUCGAUCUUCCAGGGUCAGGGGAUUGGCAAAUGUUCUCCAAGACGUCGAUGUUCAACUACUGGGUCACGAGAGCAAUGGUCGCCAACAAAAGCAAUUAGGAGACCUUGGUCACAGCUGUAUGAUGCUAUGGAAAAAUACAUAG